UAGCAUCGAUCUCCAUCAUCAUAUCAUAGCCUUUUCUUUCAUAGCUACUACACUACUUUAUCACUUUCAUUCUUUAAUUGGGUUCAAAGAAGCUUAAUUAAUUGGUUGCAGAGAUUGAAAAUUAGGAAAAUGGUGAGUGUUGAAGAGAUUCGUAAGGCACAACGUGCGGAAGGCCCUGCCACCGUGAUGGCUAUUGGCACGGCCACUCCUCCCAACUGCGUAGACCAGAGUACCUAUCCUGACUAUUAUUUCAGAAUCACCAACAGUGAUCACAUGACCGAGCUCAAAGAAAAGUUCAAGCGCAUGUGUGAUAAGUCAAUGAUUAAGAAACGAUACAUGUACUUAAAUGAAGAGAUCCUGAAGGAGAAUCCGAGUGUUGGUGCCUAUAUGGCUCCUUCAUUGGAUGCAAGGCAAGACAUGGUUGUUGUGGAGGUACCAAAGUUGGGAAAAGAGGCUGCAACAAAGGCAAUCAAGGAAUGGGGUCAAUCCAAGUCCAAGAUUACUCAUCUCAUCUUCUGCACAACCAGUGGUGUGGACAUGCCUGGUGCUGAUUAUCAGCUCACAAAACUACUAGGACUUCGUCCAUCGGUGAAGCGUUACAUGAUGUACCAACAAGGCUGUUUUGCUGGUGGCACGGUGCUUCGUCUGGCAAAAGACUUGGCUGAAAACAACAAAGGUGCUCGUGUGCUCGUGGUGUGUUCGGAGAUCACAGCAGUCACAUUUCGUGGCCCGAGUGACACACAUCUUGACAGCCUUGUGGGGCAAGCCUUGUUUGGAGAUGGUGCAGCUGCUGUCAUUGUUGGAUCAGAUCCUCUGCCAGCUGAAAAGCCUUUGUUUGAGCUUGUGUGGACUGCACAAACAAUCCUUCCAGACAGCGAAGGCGCUAUUGAUGGCCACCUUCGCCAAGUAGGACUCACUUUCCAUCUCCUCAAGGAUGUUCCUGGACUCAUCUCCAAGAACAUCGAAAAGGCCUUGGUUGAAGCCUUCAAACCCUUAGAAAUUGAUGAUUACAACUCUAUCUUUUGGAUUGCACACCCUGGUGGACCAGCAAUUUUGGACCAAGUUGAGGCUAAGUUAGGAUUGAAGCAUGAAAAAAUGGAAGCUACUAGACACGUGCUUAGCGAGUAUGGUAACAUGUCAAGUGCAUGUGUGCUGUUCAUCUUGGAUCAAAUGAGGAAGAAGUCAAUAGAAAAUGGACUUGGCACAACUGGUGAAGGACUUGAAUGGGGUGUGUUAUUUGGUUUUGGCCCUGGACUCACUGUUGAGACUGUUGUGCUACGCAGUGUCACUGUCUAAUUAUAUUCUUUCUCAUGUCUUGUAAGUUCUGUUUGAAAAAUGUAUUCCUUCUCUUUUGCUUCAUUUUGUAUACCAGUAAAUAAGAACAUGUCAUGUUAUUAAUGCAAUUAAGCUUAACACAUAAAUUAUCUAUGUAUACAUUUGCAAAGUGAAUAGCUUUUGUCCAAUGGCUUCAUUAAAA